AUGCCUACUGACCUUGCUCUCAAGGGGGUUGACGCCUGGGUAUACACAAUCGACGUCAAGCUCGGCCAAGAGGGCAAAGUUGUACCCAUGCUCGUUGAUACGGGCUCCUACACCUUCUGGGCCGCAGACAAGGCCUGCGCGGACUGUAUCUCAGGAGGGAUGGUCGGCGCCCUCGCGUCCAAUCCGGAGCAGUGUACACCAUACCAGACCUCUUACAAGACCGGCGGAUUCAAGGGCUGUCUGGUGAAUACCACGAUGGAAUUUGGCCCGUACAAGAUGCAGAAUAUGGCGAUGGCGGCGGCGACGGACGUCGGGGAUGAGUUGACUGCGCACGGGAACGGAAUGUUCGGGCUCGCCAUGGUGGACAGAAUCGAGACGACUACGCCCAUGUCCCGUAUGCUGAGCGAUGGACUGGUAGAUGAUCCUUGGGUGGGACUGAGAUUGCAGCGGCAAGGGGAGGGAGACAGCGAGGUUAUAUUCGGUAACGCCUUGAAAUCAACGUACGGCGAUAGCGCAUUUCACGUCGACUUGCCGCAGCGGAAAGGCGGCGGGACAAAGUACAAUGUCACCUUGGACAGCUUUGCCAUCAUGGGUCAGCCCGUCAAGGACUCGCUCAUCACCAAUAGCGGAAUGCUGCUGGAUACUGGGACCUCCAAUAUUGUCGUUCCUGAUUCGAAAUACGAGUGGAUACUGAAAGCUCUGGUGCAGGAACCCGAAGUCCCAAUGCAUCCUCAACUCAAGACCGCGAUGAUCCCCUGUAAGGGUCGAGGGAAUGUAGCGGAGGCACUGUCAUUCACAUUUGGCGGCGUGGCGUUCCCGGUGCCAUGGAAAGACCUCGUUGGUCCAGAGAUCGACUUGGCUGGGACGCCGUUCGCUGGCAAUGGUACUGGUGUGUAUUGCGAGCCGAGGAUACAAAAGAUACCCGGCAACAGCAAUUGGAUCCUCGGGGAUGCCUUCCUGGUCAAUGUGUAUCAUGCUGUCAAUACCCAGACUGGGGGUGUGCAGAUAUGGCGAUUGAAGCCAUAG